AUGCUGGAACCUGUGACAACGACCCUUGCCGACAUUCAGCAGCGGCUCUUGGCCAUUCUCACACCGCGUGCAAUCCUUGUUGGACACUCUCUCAACUCCGACCUCACUGCCUUGAAACUCGUUCACCCCUUCAUCGUCGACACCAGCAUCAUCUACCCGCAUCCACGUGGUCCACCCCUCAAAUGCAGCCUGAAGUGGCUGACCCAAAAGUACAUGGGCAAGCAGAUUCAAAAUGGGAUGGCCGGUCAUGACUCCAUUGAAGAUGCCCGUGCUGUCCUUGAACUUGUGAAGUUGAAGUGCGAGAAAGGCGAGCGCUGGGGCACCAGCGAUUCCUCCAAUGAGAGCAUCUUCCGUCGUCUCUCACGCUCUGUCCGACCGGCCUAUGCCCCUCGUCCAGGCGAAGAACGAACAGGUGCCGUGGUUGACUGGGGCAACCCUGAACGGGGUUUCGGCUCACAAGCAACAGUCUCCAUCGGAUGCCGAGAUGAUGAUGCGGUGGUCACCGGUGUCUCUGCAGUGAUCAAUGGUGAUGAAUCCAAUGUUUCUAUUCCAGGCGGUGGUGUCGAUUUCGCCUGGGCCCGUCUCCGCGAGCUAGAGUACCUCCGCGGCUGGUGCAACCGCAUGCCAGACCCGAACAAUGCCAAUGAAUCCACGACUCUUGUUCCUCCGCCAGAGGAAACUACACCCACCGCAGCAACUGGCGGUUCUUCGACAGACGUCCCACAGCCUGAUGUUCUAGCUGAGACCGUUUCCCGAACGGUCUCCAACAUAUCGCGCAUCUACGACUCGCUUCCCCCGUGUACUCUCUUCAUGGUUUAUUCUGGAACUGGAGAUCCGCGUGAGGUUAGCCGAUUACAAGCUAUCCACAAGCAACACCGUGAGGAAUUCAAAUCCGGCAAGCCGUGGGACUCUCUGACCUAUAAAUGGACCGACACUGAGGAGCAAUUGCUGAAGAAAGCAUGCGAGCGUGCCCGCGAAGGGUGUGGCUUUAUGUGUGUGAAAUAA